GGUUACUACUGAUCGGACAAUACACAAAAAGCGAUCUGAUGACAUCAUGGUAUCUCUUCGUCGAGGAGGAUUUGAAAGCCGACAGUUACAUUAACGUGCUAGAGACGGUUGUAAAGUCCUGGAUAGAUGAAAUAGCCGUUGGAAAGGAAUAUAUGUUCGAGCAGGACUCGGCACCAGCUCACAAGGCAAAGAAAACUCAGGCCUGGCUUUACAACAAUUUGCCCUACCGCUGGUCCCCCGACUUAUGGCCUCCCUCUAAUAGUGAUUGCAACCCCCUUGUACUAUUACGUAUGAGGCGUGAUCGAGGCAAAGGUCAAUGCAAAACAUCACAACAUCAAAGAUGCUCUGAAGUCCGCCAUCAUGAAGGUGAUGACACAUUUGGACAAGAAAGAAGUUAAGUAUGUCUACAGCCGGUUUAGAUCCAGGCUCGAGAAGGUCGUAGAAGCUGAUAGAGGCUACAUUGCAUAGUUUCAUUCUUUUAUAUUCGUUGAUACUUACAUACGAAUAUAUUCAUGCUUUCAUUGUAUUUUAAUUAUGUUUUAUUUACAUGGUGUUUCCAGAUUUAUCUCGACGGCCCUGUAUAUAAUUUAAAACUUUAUAAAAUAUAUAUAUAUAUAUAUAUAUAUAUA